AAGAAACAGAUGGAAUACAAAUAUAUGUAAUAAACACAUACCUAUCAUUCAGAAAUAGAACUUGGGGAAAAUAUUGCAGUAGUAAGUGUUGGAAAAAGAAACCACAUUUCAGACCAAACAAUACUUAAGAAUGGGUUUGCAUAUUUUUAGCAUAGAGUGGGUCUUAGGGUAACAUGUAUCACAAACUAUUCAGUGUGGAAAAAUCUCUUGGCUACUUAAUUCAAAUCCUCUGGAGAUUCCUGGAACUCUGGUCUGCCCUAAAUUCAAGAUUUCAAAUAUAGUGGGUAUCGUUAGAUGUCUUGUAAGAAACUUUGAAAGGGUCAUUGUAGGUUCUCUUUUAGUUAUUUCACUGUAACUCUUUUAAAAAAUUGAUUUUAGAGAGAGGAAGGGAGAAAGAAAGAGAAAUAUCGAUUGCUUUCCUCCUGUGUGCGCCCUGAUCUGGAAUCUAACCCUCCACCUUUCGGCAUAUGGGACGACACUCCAGCUAACAGCCACAUCAGGCCAGGGCAGUAAAUUCUUGGUUUCAUUUCAAAAUCAUGAUAAACUUUUGCCCCAAAUAGUACAGUAUAAACAUAAAUGUUUAAACACCUGUGUAGAAUUUGUAAGAUGAUAGUUGGUCUCCACUGCUGUUUUCAUUAUAUUUUGUUUUUAUAUUUUCCUGGAAUUACUGGUCCAGUUCUUUCUGCAUGUUUGUGUUCAUAUUUAUAAAUACAAAUAUACACAUAUCAGUGACAGAAGAAUGAAUUUUAAUUUUAGAUUUACUUUAUUCAGAAGUUAAGUAUGAAAAAAAUUGUGCAUUUUUCUAAAUAGGAUGAAACGAGGAGGAAGAGAUAGUGAUCAUAAUUCAUCUGAAGAAGAUACUGCAGAGAAAUCCAAGAAAGUGAGGACUACAAAUGCAUAUUCUCAGACUUGUGAUUGGGGUAAUCUCCUUCAGGACAUUAUUCUCCAAGUAUUUAAGUAUUUGCCUCUUCUUGACCGGGCUCAUGCUUCACAAGUUUGUCGCAACUGGAACCAGGUAUUUCACAUGCCUGACUUGUGGAGAUGUUUUGAAUUUGAACUGAAUCAGCCAGCUACAUCUUAUCUGAAAGCUACACAUCCAGAGCUGAUCAAACAGAUCAUUAAAAGACAUUCAAACCAUCUACAAUACGUCAGCUUCAAGGUGGACAGCAGCAAAGAAUCAGCUGAAGCAGCUUGUGAUAUAUUAUCGCAGCUUGUGAAUUGCUCUUUAAAAACACUUGGACUUAUUUCAACUGCUCGGCCAAGUUUUAUGGAUUUACCAAAGUCUCACUUUAUCUCUGCGCUGACAGUUGUGUUUGUAAACUCCAAAUCCUUGUCCUCGCUUAAGAUAGAUGACACCCCAGUAGAUGAUCCAUCCCUCAAAGUACUAGUGGCCAACAACAGUGAUACGCUCAAGCUGCUAAAAAUGAGCAGCUGUCCUCAUGUGUCCCCAGCAGGUAUCCUUUGUGUGGCUGAUCAAUGUCAUGGCUUACGUGAACUGGCCCUGAAUUACCACUUGUUAAGUGAUGAAUUGCUGCUGGCUUUAUCUUCUGAAAAACACGUUCGAUUAGAACAUUUGCGCAUUGAUGUAGUCAGUGAGAAUCCUGGGCAGACACACUUCCAUACUAUUCAGAAGAGCAGCUGGGAUGCUUUUAUCAGACACUCACCCAAAGUCAACUUAGUGAUGUACUUUUUUUUAUAUGAAGAGGAAUUUGAUCCAUUCUUUCGGUAUGAAAUACCUGCCACCCAUCUUUACUUUGGGAGAUCAGUAAGCAAAGAUGUGCUUGGCCGUGUGGGAAUGACAUGUCCUAGACUAGUUGAACUAGUAGUGUGUGCUAAUGGAUUACGGCCUCUUGAUGAAGAGUUAAUUCGAAUUGCAGAACGUUGCAAAAAUUUGUCAGCUAUUGGACUAGGGGAAUGUGAAGUCUCAUGUAGUGCCUUUGUUGAGUUUGUGAAGAUGUGUGGUGGCCGCCUAUCUCAAUUAUCCAUUAUGGAAGAAGUAUUAAUUCCUGACCAAAAGUAUAAUUUGGAGCAGAUUCAUUGGGAAGUGUCCAAGCAUCUUGGUAGGGUGUGGUUUCCAGACAUGAUGCCCACGUGGUAAAGACCGAGUGAUGUAGGGAACGAUGAAUAGCACCUUAACUUUAAGCAUAUUGUAUUAUAAUAAAAGUUUAUUUCCUGUAGUUCUGAUGUAAUUCUAUUUUGUGGCACAGAGAUUUAAUAUCUGCAUUGCGUAUAUAAGGAUUGUUUAUUAGAAGACCCAUGGACCAUUUUUGAUCAGAAAAUUUUGUCUAUUUCUUUAGUAGUCAGAUUGCAGAAAAUUUUUUUAAAUGUGGUUCAAAUCUGAAAGUAAUAACCUGUUAUAAAGAUUAAAUAUUUUACAGUCUGAAGGAACAAAACCUAUAUACUAUAAUAUCCAGGAAGUGAAUACUAACAGGUUUCCCAAAAUGUUAUGUUGUCUAUGCAUUUUUUUAAAAUGUAAACUUGACAUUUUAGGGUCUUCAGUUAUACAUACACCUGUUAUAAGGUGUUUACUAUAGCUCAGGAAAGUGAGCAUCUUGUGAGAAAAAUGUAGGAUAUUUUGUAUCUAAUGAAAAAUGGUUGAAUGUUCUCAAAUAUUACAAAGCUGUUUAAUGAGGUAUAAAUAUAAUUGGAAUACUUAGAAAUCUGAUAUAUGUCACGCAGUGGUUAUAUUAGAAGGAUAAUAAACAGCCAAGCUCAAUUUAAAAGAAAAUAAACAAUAGAAGGGAGGCAUUGUUUAGCUUUGUAUAAAUUUUUAGGUUUGCUUUGUAAUCUGCUAAACCAUAAACAUUUUUCUGCAAUAUGUUACUAUAUAUGUGGCACUUAAAGCAUCGUAUGUAAAGUAAGGAAUGUUUUACCAGUUCUUGGUUUUGUUUAUCUUUGUUUAAACUAGUUUUGAAGUAUUACACAGUAAUUGAAAUGAAAAGUUUAUUUAAAAAAGCUAAAUUGAAAUAAUUAAAGAUAGAACUUUAAAAUAUUUAAAAAUUAUUUUCAUGAAAAAAUAUUAGUGUCCAAUGAAUUUCAGUGAUGGCUCAUUUUCCAUUUUGGAAUUAUAUAGUUAAGUAGGAUUUUCAAAAAUCAUAAAAGAAGCACCAGUGUACAGUUCAGCAUAAACUGUAAAUUUUAAAGAGGAUAUAUUUAAAUUCAUAAUUAUAUUUUUAAGUAAAUAUUGCUCAGUGGACUGGAAAAUUUUAAUAGAACAAUGUCUACAGUUUUGUGAUUGUUAAUUUGGUUAAACCUGAUACAUUAUUUAAGUUAGGUAGCAUUUUUAUUACUUUUCAUAUGAAUGAAGGUAAUCCACACAUUGUAGAAUCUAUAAAAAUACUAAGUUUUAGGCUACAUUUAGUUUUUUUAGAUAUUAUAUAAACUUUGAUCCUGAGCACUAGUGCUAGUAGAUAUUACCCUCCUAAGGGAAAUUAGAAGUGAUUUAACCCCAGUGGAAUAUAUUAAUGCUUCAGACUUUUAGAAAGCAAUUUUGGUAGUUAUGGAAGCUAAUAGUCUUACAGGUCUGAUCUAUUUUUAAAAUAGAUUACCUUUCUAAGAAUAAAGUAAAAGGUGAUAUUCUACAUAAUUUUUGCCUUUUAAAAGUGAUAGUAUUCUGGCCACGUAUAAAUGAGAAGGAAAAAGAGUGAUCUAGACUUGGAAAUUAAAAGUAAUUAUACUAUUUCCCCCUUACUAAAUAGUAAAAAGCUUUGUACAAAAAUAUGUGUGUUGGCAAAUGAAGCUUUUUUCCUGUCACAACUGUUGGAAAGUGGAUUUGACAGUACAUAGUCCGUUCUACUAACCAAAGCUUUAUUUGGAAAUUUACUUUUUGUACAAAUGGAAUUCUAUAAUGCUUGAAAUAUUUUAAGUCACUUUAUAAGCAAAAUGUAUAGCACUUAAUAUUUGUUUAUACUGUAAAGUAUGUGUUAAAUGCUUUUAUCAAUUUAAGAAUAAAGAUAGUUACUAAUA